CGCGUCGUGACGCGGCGUGACGCGGCGCCUUCGCCGAUUCUGAUUGGCCACUUUAACCGUCGGGGGAAAAAAACAGGUUACGGCCAUAUUGACAGUUUCAGAAGGACGGCGAGAAAAAAUGACUAAAUAGCUGACUCUGUCCAGGGCGGACGCGAAGAAUAAUGGAGGGGGCUUUCACGGAGGAUCGCUCGUCUGAUGUCUGCCUGCGAAGCCGGCCGUGCUCCAGCGAGAGGGACGGGCGGGUGCGGGCUGUGAAGGCGGCUCUGCUGCCGCGGCUGGGGCCGUACGAGCCGGCGCUGAGCCGCCUGCAGUCCGUGCUGCUGUGGGACACGCCGCUGCACGGAGUCCUGCUGCACGCUGCCGUCAACACCCUGUUCUGGUUCUUCGCUCUGACGUCACUACGCCUGCUGUUCCUGCUGGCUUCUGGCCUUGUUCUGUUUGUUAUUGUCGAUACCUGGAGAAAAAAGAUAUGGCCAGAAAUUAGAGUCAGAAAGCUGGAUGAAGUAGAAAAUGAAAGCUGGGGUCUGGUGCAGCCCGGUAUCGUCAGCGUUCCUGAACUGUGCCACCACCUUGCUGAGGCCUGGGUCAGCGGAUCCGUCCUUGCAUCCAGGAUGGUCCAGUACAAGCGACAGAACCCGGGAAAUUUUUGCGUCCUGAUCUGUGGAGUGUUCGGUUGUUUGGCUGUGAUUGGAUGUUACAUCCCUGGAUUGGUGCUCUCCUACUCUGCUUUGCUGGCUACUCUCCUGGCUCCUCUGGCAGCCUAUCACAGGUUGCUUCAGCACGUGUUUGUGAGGCUGGAGCCAGUCCUGCAGUGGCUGGAUUUCAGCGCUCAUGGACACAUGAUGGCAAAGCCCAUUGAUAACCAGUUCCUGAGAAGGCCCCUACGUGGUGCAGGCUCAGGUGAAGCCAGCGACAGUGAGGAGGAGUUGGCCGCCUUCUGUCCAACUUUUGAUGAUGCUGUUGUUGCAAAAGAACUUGCACUGACUGACUCUGAGCACUCUGAUGCUGAGGUGUCCUACACUGAUAAUGGCACGUUCAACUUAUCUCGUGGGCAGACUCCACUGACGGAGGGCUCUGAAGAUCUUGACAAACACAGUGAUGCUGAGGAAUCGUUUGCCCAAGAUCUUCCAGACUUCCCCUCCAUAAACCCUGAUGCCACUCUGAUGGAUGACGAUGACGACACCAGCAUCGGGCUGCCAAGUCUGGCUAUAUCUGGGCUAGCUAGCCAGAGGGCUUCGGUGCUAGAUGUGGAUGCUCAUCUGGACUCAGACCAGGAAGAUUUGGAUGCUGAACUCUCUCUUGGUGGUAUUCUUCCUUCCUCAGCUCUCAGCGGCGAGCUAGCUGGAGUAAUUGCCAGCAACAUGAUCCAGGUGGCAUUGGCCGGCGCGCUGCAGCCUCGACCCGCUGCCACCCAGCGUAGACAAGGCCCUCCCAAGACCGGAGCCCACCGAACCUACCGCAAGCAGUCCAGCUCUGAACUGGACACAGACUUGGAUGGAGAGGACUUUGAAAUGCUCGAUCAGUCUGAACUGAACCAGAUGGAUCCCAUCGGAGAAGGAGGAGCGGCUUCUAGGCAGGGUGAGAGCCAGGGGUCCAACUUCCUAUCGAGCCUUCUUGGUAAACCCCAGUGAAGUUUGAGCUGCUGAGAGUGUGCGUCUGCACGUGUACAGCUUGAUGGCCAGAGUAUGUACGGAUGAGCUGUGAGAGGAGAGAUGGUUUUAGGUUCCAGCAGCCCUGCUUCUGAUAGGCAUCAGUUUGUCACUGUGAAGUAUUUCUCUUUAUCUUUUUACUCCUCCCUUUUAAAACUUUUAUUUUUUUUCCGAGCUCUUUAACUUUAAUUUUCCAGAAAAGUUUUACUUUGUAGGCUGAGCAAUAGGAAAUGCAUCUAAAAUGAAAGUCUUACAUCAAGUAAACCAGCAUUUUUAAACACUUUAAAUACCCAUAACUUAAAUAAUUACUUGUUGAUGAUUUUUUUUUUUUUUUUUUUUAAGUAAAAGUAUUUGCCCUGUACAUUUUUAUUAUUUUUACAUAGCAAUCUAAACAAACAGGGUUAUUUAGGACCAAAUACCACAUUCCUGUUGCUUGAGCUGAGCCAGGUUGACAUUGUGAAGCAGCAUUUGAUAUCGACCUGCAGUAGUCGUAAAUCCUUCAUGAGCAAGUAAUAACACCCUCUAGAAACAGCAAUACAUGAUAGUGUGCCUCUGUCGCUGACAUGUUGGUCUAACAGAUUGGAGGAGGAUUGGUUUGUUCUUUCACUUUAGUUAUUUCAAGACUUGUCAAUAGAUGUGCAUUUGGAUUUUGGUUCUAACCUAAGAUAAAAAUGAGUAAAUGCUGGAUAAAGUUUCAGUUUUCCUGUUAUUUUCCUUUUCGUGCUGGCCAAUACAUGAAAACAUCUCUAAACAUUGAGGUGAACCUUUUAUGUUUGUCACAUUUACAUUAUCAUCAGGCAAGAGGGCUCUUAUUUCAUGUUUGGUCAUUUUAUUUACGAACUUUCUUCCUAUGAAAAGAGAAGCUUCUUUUUUCUGUGUCAAGACGUUUAGUUUAUUUUUAAUUUUUCUGCCCUUUAGUGUCCAUGUUUGAUGUCUUCAACAGCCCCUCUGCUUUGAGUGCAUUCUUUUUCAAAAACAAAUCUUAACAGAUUUUAACAGUCAUAUGCUGAACUACCUUUUAGAAUAGAAAUUAAAUAUUCUCCUGUUGAUUUGCUCUCAUAUUGUAAUGGAGAAACCCUGUUUACAUCAAAAUUGCAUACAAAAAAUAUCUUUUUUCUUUUCUAUUUUAAGUGUUUAAGUGUCUAAUAUUUAGAGCUUUAAAGUGGGUUUUCUGCUGGUCAGCCAGAUUUCAUUUACAUGGUCAAACCAUGUCACUAUGUUGGAAUCUUAGAGUAAAGAUGGCACUUUAAAUUUAAGUGAACCACAGUUGAAAUUUCAUGAAAAUGCAAAUAUAACCGUGCAAAAGGCAGAUUUCUUUUAUAAAGAGGAAUAACGCGUUUCUCUGUUUAAUUGUGUUAUUAUAAAGAGAGAAUCAGAGCUGAAAGAUAACUGCUGGAUCCAAAUUCAUGGAAUCGAAGUAGAAGAAUUGUGCACUGACUGGAAAAUCGCUGAAAUUUUAAGGAAAUGUAGUUUUGGUUUGUUGCAUUUGGUUUGAAUGUUCUCCUAAACUGCUCCAGGAAGAGUCAGUUCGUCAGUAUAAGUGAUCUGUAGUCUUUGAUAAUUUAAUGUGCAUAGUAUAGUAUUUUCAUCUCUGUAUCUGGUUUUGAUAUGUUUUGAAGUGCAAAUCGUGUUAAAUAAAAUGUUUGCAAUUAUG